CCAACAUCGAGGAAGUCAACGUUGUCAAAUGUCGUUCAGGUUAUCGGUCUUUACCGUUUGCAUUUGUGUCGUGAUUUGGUUGACUAGACUUGAUGCCAAGAGAGAGACGUCUCCCCAAGAGAUUUAGGUCUUCUGAUGAUAGUGAUCAAGAGGGUGGCAGCAGUAGCAUAGAUCAUCAUCAGAAGAGUCUUGCUACAAAUCAACCACCAAGUCCAAGUAAGAAGAAAAAGAAAGUUAUUAAAGAGGUAGCCAGUCCUUUGCCAGAUCUUGUUUCUUCACUCCAAGUAUUAACUCCAAAACCAUCAAUUGCUGAUCGGUCUCCAAUUAUCAGUGUCGCUCGACAACUACCAAACAGCAUGAAUCAAAAUACUGGAGUAAACAACUGCCCAACAAACAAUUUCACAAACAUGAACUCAUUCAACCAGCAGCAGUCACAGCAGCCUCUGUUGACAAAUGUUGCUCAUUCUGGUUCCCAAGGUAACAUACCAUUGCAGCCAAUCAUUAUUAACCCUAAUGAUCCAAAUGCACCUGCCAUCUAUCCGUGUGGUAUCUGCCACAGAGAAGUCCAUGACAAUGAUGACGCCAUAUUGUGUGAAAGUAGCUGUAAUUUCUGGUUCCAUCGGAUAUGUACAGGAAUGACAGAGGCCGCAUAUACGCUACUAACAGCUGAACAGUCAGCAGAGUGGGUGUGUGAUAUGUGUAUUGGCAAGAAGAAAAAGGUUCCCAUGACAAGAAUGAAAUGUAAAUGGUAG